AGGGCGUCAUCGGCGGCGGCGGCGGCGGCGGCCGCUCUCGGGGACUCGCUCCGAAGUGAGCGCGCGGAGCGGGGCAGGCAGGCAGGCGCGAGGGGGCAGUGCCCGGGGGCGCGCGUGCCCGGACCCUCCCAGACCCCUGACCCCGGCCGUGUCCAGAAGGAGGAGGAGGAGGAAGGGAAGCGCCUUCACGUGCCGGGACCCGCGGGGAGACAGGCGCAGCAGCCAAUUAGGAGCCACAAGUGUCCCAUCUCCGUCUGGAUCUGUUCCUGGAGCUUCUGCCCCUUUUCGACCUCUCUUCAACGAUUUUGGGCCCCCAUCAAUGGGCUACGUGCAGGCUAUGAAGCCACCAGGUGCCCAAGGUUCCCAGAGCACAUACACGGACCUGCUUUCUGUUAUUGAGGAGAUGGGCAAGGAAAUCCGACCUACUUAUGCAGGCAGCAAGAGUGCCAUGGAGCGGCUGAAGCGAGGGAUUAUCCAUGCCCGUGCGCUGGUAAGGGAGUGUCUGGCAGAGACAGAGCGCAAUGCCCGUACGUAACAGUUGCUUCCUCCUGGCACCUCCUCGUGGACUUUCUGGCCAGUCAUCACCACUUUGAAAUCUGGAAAUCUACCCCCUACCCUUUCUGUCAAUCAGUGUUGUACAUACUGGAACUACCAUUGCCUUCAAAGACCUUUAUAACAAUUGGCACCUAAGAAUCUGAAGUGUCUCCUGCUGCAUCACAAUACUUCCCAUCAAUUGGCAUUCUGAGAAUUGAUGCAGAAACAUCUUUGUUGCACACACCUGAUCAACCAAUGAGAAUAAUGGCUGGUUAGCAAGUCUGUCUUUAUAAAUUCUGUGGGGGUUAUAAAUAAAAGAAAAGCUUUGGAAUUGAGAUUCUCUUUUUCCCUUUGUUUUUAAAAUCCCCUGUGAAGGAAACUAAGACUUGGGGGGGGGGGGUGUCUUCUGUUGCAAGAUGUGCUCCCAUAGGGAAGUCGGAUGUGGCCCUCUGCACCGCUAGCCAUGGAAGCUUCGGCCGAGGAGUCAUUGAGCCAAUACUGGAAAACUUGUAAUAAAAUAU